GAAGAAUGGUGCAUCAUUGGACAGGGGCAGUGACAUCGCGUGGUUUAAAGACGGUUCGGUUGGCACGGUCGGUGGUGGUGGUGGCGGUGGGUCAAACAAAUCAAGCAACUGGAACAAAACGACGUCGAACCAACGGUCAAGGACGCAGGGGAGAUCCGCGGUCCGUGCGGUAGGAGUGGCCACGGUACUAUGGGUUGCCGUGUCGCAGCUGAUCCUCGGCAACGUUGCGUACUCGCUGGAAGGUGACUCGUCCAGCAGCAGUAACGCUAGUAACGCCGGAUAUGGUAACACUUACAGCAAUCGGUUCGGAAGAUUGCUUCUGAACGGUACACGGCCGUCGGUGGCGGUGACGGCUGGUGUAGUAGCGACGAGAGGUUCGUCCUCGUCUAGUGCCGCCACACACAUCACCACCACCAGUACCGCUGACCGGGGUCUGUUCGAUGGCGGAGUGGAAUUCGUCGUUGCCGAUGGCACCGCUGCUGCUGGCUUUAACGAUUCCAGCGAAAUGCCCCAAAUUCCGGAGUACAUCCGGGCGACGUCGAUGGUGUUCUGUAUCAUUAUCAUGUGUCUCGGCGUUAUCGGCAACAUUAUGGUCCCAAUUGUCAUACUCAAGACGAAGGAUAUGCGCAACUCAACCAACAUCUUCCUCACCAAUCUCAGCAUCGCCGAUCUGCUGGUUCUGCUCGUCUGCACUCCCACCGUACUGGUGGAGGUCAAUUCGCCGCCAGAGGUUUGGGUGCUCGGCGAAGAGAUGUGCAAAGCGGUACCGUUCGUGGAACUAACGGUGGCUCACGCGAGCGUUCUGACGAUUCUGGCAAUUUCGUUCGAGCGGUACUACGCCAUCUGCGAACCCCUGAAGGCAGGCUAUGUUUGCACAAAGACGCGCGCCCUACUAAUCUGCCUUGCGGCGUGGACCGUCGCUGCCAUCCUGACGAGUCCAAUCUUGAUGAUUUCUUCGUACGAGUACGUGGAGUACAUUGAUGGCAACAUGGUGGCGGCCUGCCUAUCGCCCGUGGACAGCUUCUGGCCGGCGUCCUUCUUCGUCGGCAGUAUCGUGCUGUUCUUCAUCAUCCCGCUCUUCAUACUGGUCGUGCUGUACUCGGUGAUAGCGAAGAAUCUGAUGGACAACCCGAGCAUUAUAAUGUCCAGCGCGUCCAGCGGCAAUCGGGGUAACGUUUACAAGUACCGGAAGCAGGUAAUCUUCAUGCUCGGUGCCGUGGUGGUUAGCUUCUUCGUCUGUCUGCUACCGUUCCGGGCGCUUACACUGUGGAUCAUUAUUGUGCCGAGCGAGGCGAUCGUUUCGGUCGGUAUCGAACGGUUUUACAUCUUGCUGUACUUCUGCCGCAUCAUGCUGUACAUGAACUCGGCCAUCAAUCCGAUCCUGUACAACCUGAUGUCGUCGAAGUUCCGUAAUGGAUUUUUGCAGCUGCUCGGAUGCGGUAAGAUUGUACGAUCGGACAGCAUAUCGAGUGGGGCACGCAAGGGCGGUGGUACGUUCCAUACUGGUUCAACGAAUCUUAGCAGCUCGCACGGUACCAGCUCGAGUCAACGGAAAAGCCAGCGCGAGGACAGUAGCAAUGGUGGCAACAGCAUCCGGCGGCCUACGGUACAGUUUCAGCAGCCACCGGUGAGUGAUGAGUGGCAUCCAUCUGGUUCGGGUGCAUUGAGACGUCACAGCAGUAUCAUAUCGAUUCGAGCCGUUCCGAGUGGGGGGAAGUUGAACGCCGCAGAGUCAAAGCAACUGGAAGGGACACUUUUUGGACCGGUGCUUGAAAACGGUAACAAAAUUGUAGAGGAAGAGGAAGCAGCAGAUGAUAGUGUCGUCAGCAAUGUAAGAGGCAUCAUUCCUCUUUCACAACAACAACAACCACUGCCAAACAGUAACGGUUUCCAUAGGUUUAAGGAUAGAGUUAAGUUUAACGGUUCGCGACAGUCGUACCGAGCAAAGUUAGAUUUUCACCACUACCGUGGUAGUUAUGUAGGUCACGGUCAACUCACUGACAUCACUAGCAACAGUGACACCUCUGAGGUGGAAUCCAACGAUGGUCCCACACCGCCGUUGAACGAUGAACAGCAGCAGCACCGAAGCAAUGACAAUAAUCGAUUCUCUCUGCUGAAAUCCUACGCUACGGCGGCACUUGCGACAGCUACAACGGCAGCUACGGCAACGGCGGUUGUGGUGAUAGUGGCCACUGGUUCAGUUGAUCUUGAUCCCAACACCGAUCACGGCAACCAUACGGAACCCGCCGGUGGCAACAGUAGUGAGACAGAAAAGCGUUCGCCAACAGCGGACCAGCAGCAGGGAACGAAUGGAAAGGAAUCACCUACGGCGUGCAUAGCAUCGUCUUUUGCCGUUGGUUCAAUGGAAUGUGAUAUUUAGCUCCUGGAGCGAAGAAUGUUGUGUUCGUAACAGUUUGGAAUUACA